UCACCUCUGAGGAUGAGUCCAAUCUGGAUAAUUAUUUUAAUUCUCAACCUAUCUCUAGCUCAAGCUGUGGAUUUUUCGAGACCAUCGUAUCUCUCGGUGAAGUCUGGAGAACAUGUAACUCUUAACUGCCCUUUUGGAGACAUUCGUAGGACUGAUAGUGUUGUUUGGUACAAAGAAAGCGUUGGAGAAAUGCCUCAAAAAGUGGGAGAAAGAUUAAUAUAUAAGGAUAUUAACAUGUCUCCGAAAUUCAAAACGUCAGGAUAUAAAAUGGCGGUGACUGAUAACGGCAUUUCUUUGACAAUUUCACGUAUAAAAAAAGAAGAUGAAGGACUUUACUACUGUGGAAAAUGUAUGCUGGAGAAUGUUACGCUAUCGAACGGAACUUUCUUGGCUGUAGCAGAUGACAGAGAUGUAAAAGUGAGUGUGAGGCAGAGCGGCGUGUUGGACUCGGUUCCUGCAGGAGCCUCAGUGACUCUGCAGUGCUCGGUUCUCUCUGAGAGCAGAGCAGCAGAACUCCAAGUGCUCUGGUUCAGAGCUGCUCCACCACAAUCCCAUCCUCAAAUCAUUUACACUCAUCACAACAGCAGCCAUCAGUGUGAGAGCGACUCUUCUACACACACCUGUGUGUACAACUUCUCCAAGAACAUCCUCAGCCUCAAUGAUACUGGAACUUACUACUGCGCUGUGCUCCUGUGUGGGAAGAUCAUCUUCGGGAACGGGACACCGGUACAGAUGGAGAACUUUCCAAAACAUGUAAGAUCUUUAAGCCCUGAAGUGAUCUACCUCUCAGUAUUGGCGGCAGUGUGUGUGGUUGUGAUCUUCACUCAAGCUUUUAUCAUCUUUAAAAGAAGGCUCUGUGGCCAAUGCAGAGUGAGACAUCAACAGAAUUCAGUGGUAGAGAAAACACCAAAUCAGGGUCAUGAGACGGAGGAGCUGGAUUACUCUGCUUUACAUUUUAAUAAGAAGAAUACCAAAAGAAUGACAAGGAAAAGAGACCAAGCUGCAAAUUGUGUUUAUUCUGAAGUGUUAUAUAGAACCUAGAUUACUAUUAAUCUGAUUAAUGUCUAUAACACAUCUUUAAUCAGGCUUCUCAUGUUUCGGAGUGUUUGAAAAGCUUUGCUUGUUA